UCAUUCGUCAGCUCCACAGGCGCUAUGCCAAGAGCAGAUCAGGGGGAUGAAAUGAAAGUACAAGGACUUCAACACUCGGAAGUGAGACUUGAUGCGAGACGCUACAAGUCACCCCAAUUUACUGUGGACCUUUUGCACCUCCUUCGGGACGAACUACACGUGCCAUCUUGGCAUUCGCCUCUUCUUGAUUCUUCUGGCGUGAAGAUUACCAAAGCUGCUGGAUCCUUCACGAAUGCCGUGUUCUUUGUGUCAUACUCCACCUCGGGUGCUGUGGGUCCUCGCACCAUCCUGCUUCGCAUCUACGGUCCAUCCUCUGCUGCGCUUAUUUCCCGGCCCCAUGAGCUGCGGACGUUGCACGUGCUCUCAUCGGUAUACAAGAUCGGACCACGCGUCUUCGGUACCUUUGUGAACGGGCGCGUCGAGGAAUAUCUCGAGUCGUCCGCACUGACUGCGAAUGACUUGAGGGACCCACAAACUAGUAGAUGGAUUGCCCGUCGUAUGAAGGAACUCCACUGGGUGGAUAUCCCCGUCGUGUGGGGCGAGCGCCGGGGUUGCCAAGACAUUCUAUCGGUUAAGAAUUUCAGGGAUUGGUUAGCGCCAGCUGCCGAAGCUCUCGAUCUUGUUAUUGAGAAUUUCACGAUCGCCAGAUUCGACUCUUCACACCCUUGGUGGAAUCUCAAGAAUGACAUUGAUCUGCCGCGACUCGUUCAUGAGUGGACGGCUUACAUGGCGUGGAUGAAGGAGUGGGAGAAAACGCACAAGCGCAGUCCACGAGUCUUUGCUCAUAACGAUGCUCAGUGCGGGAACUUGCUUCGACUUGCUCGUCCCCGUAAGGGGCAACCAGAUCAUCAUAACAUCAUCGUGGUCGAUUUUGAAUAUGCUGGCCCCAAUCUUGCUGCGUGCGACAUUGCUAAUCACUUCCUUGAAUGGACAGCGAAUUACCACAGUGAUACUCCCCAUGUCGUAAAUCCCGAAUUAUACCCGUCCGAAGCUGAGCGUCGUAACUUCUAUCGCGCGUACCUAUCCCCCGUACAAUAUUCGACUGGGAAGAACGGCGUUUCUUCUUCAUCCCUCAUUACAUCUCCCGCCCCCAUGACUUCACCCGAGACAUCUGUGACUGCUAUAGAAGGGGAAGUGAAAGAACAGGAUAUUAUUGAGCUUGAAGAGCAAGUACGAGUCUGGGUGCCUGCUAUCCUCGCACAAUGGGCAGUUUGGGGACUCGUUCAGGCAAGGGACGACGUUCUUGCUGGGGGUGUUGGGGAAUUCGACUACCUUAACUAUUCUCGCGGGAGAGCCUUGGCGUUCAGAGAAUCCCUCAAGGAGCUCGGUGUUGUUGUUGGGUGAUUCACGUUGUGGGAUGCGUUAUCUUCCUUUGCGUUGGACUUGAAAGGAUCCACUGGUUGCUAUCUGGUUUAAGGUGUAAUUUCCUCUCUUUGUUUCCUCUUUGUGGAGCGCAAUUUUUCACCUCUUCUUUGUCCAUUACAUUUAAUUGCUUUCCCACUUUCAUGUCUUACGACUAGAUCAUUUUGGCUGAUCUUGAUUUGAAAUACUGAUGUUAUAGGAGGUGGCCUCGGAGAAUGACAAUUGGUUUUACAUGUAGU